AUGUCGAAGAACAAAAUUGCAGCUCGUAUCGACAGCCAAAGUGUAGAAGUUAAAACCAAGUUUGACGCGGAGUUCCGACGCUUCUCUCUCAGUCGCACGGAGAAGCUCAAGUAUGAAGACUUCAAAGCGCUGAUAGAGAAGCUGCAUCGGCUGCACGACGUCGCGUUCCUCAUCUCCUACACUGAUCCCCGAGAUGGAGAUCUCCUACCUAUCAACAAUGACGACAAUCUGGCGCGAGCGUUGCUUACGGCGAGGCCUUUGCUCAGGGUCAUCAUACAAAGGAAAGGAGACAGUCUGGAAGAGCUCAAUGGAUAUGGCACGAUGCGACCACGAAACAUAAUCUCGUCAAUACUAAGCGGCACUCCGGCCAAGAACAAGGGGCUCGCUAUAUCGAAUCCGCACGACUUUAGAAUGGUGUCAGCGAUCAUAGACGUGGACAUAGUGCCGGAGACGUGUAGGAGGGUGAAGCUGCUUAAGCAUGGCUCUGACCGGCCCUUGGGAUUUUUUAUCAGGGACGGCACGUCAGUCCGGGUGACGCCGAACGGAGUAGAGCGAUCCCCGGGUAUAUUCAUAUCGCGACUGGUGCCCGGUGGCCUGGCCGAGUCCACAGGACUCCUGGGCGUCAACGACGAAGUGCUGGAGGUCAACGGAAUCGACGUGUCCAAUAAGACCCUCGAUCAGGUGACGGACAUGAUGGUGGCGAACUCCUCGAACCUUAUCAUCACAGUUCGACCAGCUAACCAAAGAGCCGGUCUUCCGCCAGCGGAGACCGUUUCGCGUCACUCACAGCCCUCCAGCGAACCUGACGACGAUAGAUUCGACCAAGAUGAGCAGGACGAAAUCGUCGACUUAACAGCCGUUACCUUAGAAGACCAGCACCCUGAGCCAGGUUUCGCACACACAGUCCCUACAAAAGACGACGGUCAAGUUCUACAUCUCUAG